AUGAGGGAUGCGGAGACGGAUGCAAUGGAAGUCGUUGCGAAAGCGGCAACCCCUCUCGGUGUUGAGUAUCACGUGGAGGAGGCCAGAGGCCAUGCUAAAAGGGCUGAAGAGUUUUGUGAGGGAGUUGAGAUAAGGAUGAAUAAUGCGAAUACCUCAGCACGGGCUGCUAAGGAUGCGUGGAGGAGGGUGGAAGCGGAGCUGAAUCCAGUUCCACAGAAAGAGACACACUCUGCCCCGGUCCCCGGAAAAGACAUUCGACCAAAACAACAACAACCUCGUGCUCCACGUUCAAAACAGCCGGUCGCCCCAUCCUUUCCCAGUGUUGACACCAGCAAGACCUUCACUGGCCCCGUGGAUGCCCCUGUGAGGGAGUCUGUGGAAGGAGGCGCGCCCACUGCCACUGAGAGCAACCGCGAAGGCAGUGCUACCCCAAUUGCAGACAACCGCGCCGUCUCACCCUCCGCCGAUGGUGCCAGCACUGACGCACAGCAACCGACCGCAGUGGAAACGCCGACAGCUGCAGCGGCAGGUGGACGCCAAGGCCCCUCCGAGAGCACCGCGAGCACUGGCGCUGCUAAGGAUGAGGCCAAGGAGAAUGCACCAGGAAAGCUCGACAGCAACGACGCCGCCUCUAUGCCAUCGCCUGAUGGUUUGGAUGCCUCGCAGCAAGACAGCCACAAGACGGCGGAUCAUGACGGCAGCAGCCGCUCUAUGUGGAUGCGUGCGCCGCCGCUGCUGAUGGUGCUGGCAGCACUUGCCUGCGUCAUUGUGUGCUGA